GGAGUCACGGCUCGCAACUGGCCUAAGUCGCCGCAGGUAAUGCGGUCCGGGGCUGGCACGUGGGGGUCGGGGGUCCCCGGAUCCAGGGUCUAUCACAAUCUCGGGCAGGGGUUCCGAAUCCUCUAGAGGAGUAGGCCCAAGCCGGGUGGAAAGAAUUAGGAAGGGCCUUCUCUGGCUCCGUCCCAUCCACUUUGACCGAAAGAAAACCAGCCUGUUCUCUCCCGACCCCGUGUCCUAUCCCCUAGAACUGCCACGUGGGGAUGAGAUUUGGGGGGCGGGUAGCGGCAGCGGCUGCGGGAGGUCCCGCCCGCAUGAAGCCAACCUCACUGACCUCUGGAUUUUGGGGACAGCGGUCAGUGGCCUAGGCCGCAGGACACCAUGAAGCAGCUGCCAAUCUUGGAACCUGGAGACAAGCCCAGGAAAGCAUCAUGGUACACCUUGACUCUCCCUGGAGACAGCCCCUGUGCUCGAGUUGGCCACAGCUGUUCAUAUUUACCCCCAGUUGGUAAUGCCAAGAGAGGGAAGGUCUUCAUUGUUGGGGGAGCAAAUCCAAACAGAAGCUUUUCAGAUGUGCACGCCAUGGAUCUCGGAAAACACCAGUGGGACUUAGUUACCUGCAAGGGCCUCUUGCCCCGGUAUGAACAUGCUAGCUUCAUUCCCUCCUGCACACCUGACAGUAUCUGGGUAUUUGGAGGUGCCAACCAAUCAGGAAAUCGAAAUUGUCUACAAGUCCUGAAUCCUGAAACCAGGACAUGGACCAUGCCAGAAGUGACCAGCCCCCCACCGUCCCCAAGAACAUUCCACACAUCAUCAGCAGCCAUUGGAAACCAGCUGUAUGUCUUUGGGGGCGGAGAGAGAGGUGCCCAGCCUGCGCAGGACGUGAAGCUGCAUGUGUUUGACGCAAGCACUCUGACCUGGUCACAGCCAGAGACACUUGGAAAUCCUCCAUCCCCCCGGCAUGGUCAUGUGAUGGUGGCAGCAGGGACAAAGCUCUUUAUCCAUGGAGGCUUGGCAGGGGACAAAUUCUAUGAUGAUCUCCACUGCAUUGAUAUAAGUGACAUGAAAUGGCAGAAGCUAAGUCCCACUGGGGCUGCUCCAGCAGGCUGUGCUGCCCACUCAGCUGUGGCUGUGGGAAAACACUUGUACAUCUUUGGUGGAAUGACUCCUGCAGGAGCACUGGACACAAUGUACCAGUAUCACACAGAAAAGCAGCAUUGGACCUUGCUUAAGUUUGAUACUUUUCUACCCCCUGGACGAUUGGACCACUCCAUGUGUAUCAUUCCAUGGCCAGUGACAUGUGCGUCUGAAAAAGAAGAUUCCAGUUCUCUCAGUCUGAACCAUGAAGCUGAAAAAGGGGAUUCAGCUGACACAGUAAUGACCCACAGUGCUGACUCACAUGAGGAAAGCCAGGCUGAUACACUGCUCUGUUUUGUGUUUGGUGGGAUGAAUACAGAAGGGGAAAUCUAUGAUGAUUGUGUUGUGACUGCGAUUGACUAAUAAAACCCACGUUAUUACCUAUCAGUUACUUUCAGAAUACUUACGUAAAACCUUAGCUGUUUCAUGUCUCCAAAA